AUGUCGGCUCCCUCAUUGUCUGCGUUUUACAGAAGCCAACCAAAGGUGUUUGCAUAUGAUCACUGUUUCUGGUCUAUGGAUGAAUCUGUCAGAGAAAAGUAUGCAGGUCAAGAUGAUGUUUUCAAGUGCCUUGGUGAGAAUAUCCUGCAGAAUGCUUUUGAUGGCUACAAUGCAUGUAUCUUUGCCUAUGGACAGACUGGAUCUGGAAAAUCUUACACCAUGAUGGGCACAGCUGACCAACCUGGAUUAAUCCCAAGACUCUGCAGUGGGCUCUUUGAGCGAACCCAGAAAGAGGAAAAUGAAGAGCAGAGUUUUAAAGUAGAAGUGUCCUACAUGGAAAUUUAUAAUGAAAAAGUUAGAGACCUUCUUGAUCCCAAAGGAAGCCGUCAGACGUUAAAAGUCAGAGAGCACAGUGUGUUGGGACCCUAUGUGGAUGGACUGUCUAAACUGGCUGUCACAAGCUACAAGGAUAUCGAGUCUUUGAUGUCCGAGGGUAACAAAUCCCGUACAGUUGCUGCAACCAACAUGAAUGAGGAGAGCAGCCGAUCACAUGCGGUGUUCAAAAUCACCCUCACACACACUUUAUACGAUGUGAAGUCUGGGACUUCUGGAGAGAAAGUGGGCAAGCUGAGCUUGGUUGAUUUAGCUGGCAGCGAGCGAGCAACGAAAACAGGAGCGGCAGGUGACCGGCUGAAAGAGGGCAGCAACAUCAACAAGUCCCUCACAACCCUGGGUCUGGUUAUCUCAGCCCUAGCAGAUCAGGGUGCUGGCAAAAGCAAGAAUAAAUUUGUUCCAUACCGUGAUUCAGUUCUCACUUGGCUGCUCAAAGACAGCCUUGGGGGUAACAGCAAGACUGCCAUGGUAGCUACUGUGAGCCCCGCAGCUGACAACUAUGACGAAACCCUUUCAACCUUACGGUAUGCGGAUCGUGCCAAGCACAUUGUGAACCACGCCGUGGUGAACGAGGAUCCCAACGCACGAAUUAUCCGGGAUCUCCGGGAAGAAGUAGAAAAACUCCGUGAGCAGCUAACCAAAGCGGAGGCAAUGAAAUCUCCAGAGCUGAAAGACCGACUGGAAGAGUCAGAGAAGCUAAUCCAGGAAAUGACUGUGACCUGGGAGGAGAAACUAAGGAAAACUGAGGAGAUCGCCCAGGAGCGACAGAAACAGCUUGAGAGUCUUGGAAUCUCUCUUCAAUCUUCUGGAAUUAAAGUUGGGGAUGAUAAAUGUUUCCUCGUUAAUCUGAAUGCUGAUCCUGCUCUGAAUGAACUUCUGGUUUAUUACUUAAAGGAACAUACACUGAUAGGUUCAGCAAAUUCCCAAGACAUCCAACUGUGUGGCAUGGGAAUUCUCCCUGAACAUUGUAUCAUAGACAUCACACCAGAAGGCCAGGUUAUGCUGACUCCUCAAAAGAACACCAGAACAUUUGUAAAUGGCUCCUCUGUAUCCAGUCCUAUUCAGCUGCACCACGGGGACAGGAUAUUGUGGGGGAACAACCACUUCUUCAGACUUAAUUUGCCUAAAAAGAAAAAGAAAGCAGAUCGAGACGAUGAGGAACAAGACAUAUCCAUGAAGAAUGACACCAGUUCUGAGCAGCUGGAUGUUGACGGAGACUCGUCCAGUGAGGUGUCCAGUGAGAUCAACUUCAAUUAUGAGUACGCCCAGAUGGAGGUGACCAUGAAGGCGCUGGGCAGUAAUGAUCCCAUGCAGUCAAUACUGAACAGCCUGGAACAGCAGCAUGAAGAGGAGAAACGGUCUGCGCUGGAGCGCCAGAGGCUCAUGUACGAGCAUGAGCUGGAGCAGCUCCGGAGACGGCUGUCCCCCGAGAAGCAGAACUGUCGGAGCUCCGACAGGUUUUCUUUCCACUCCCCCAGCGCUCAGCAGCGACUGCGGCAGUGGACGGAAGAGAGAGAAGCAACACUGAGUAACAGCCUGAUGAGGCUGAGGGAGCAAAUUGUGAAAGCCAAUCUGCUGGUGAGAGAAGCUAGUUACAUCGCGGAAGAACUGGAUAAACGAACAGAAUAUAAAGUAACCCUCCAGAUUCCCGCCUCCAGUCUUGAUGCCAACAGGAAGCGAGGCUCUCUCCUUAGUGAACCUGCCAUCCAGGUGAGAAGGAAGGGAAAAGGGAAGCAGAUCUGGUCUCUGGAAAAACUGGACAACAGGUUGCUGGAUAUGAGAGACCUUUAUCAGGAGUGGAAGGAAUGCGAAGAAGACACCCCGGUGAUACGGUCUUACUUCAGGCGUGCAGAUCCAUUCUAUGACGAACAGGAAAAUCACAGCCUCAUUGGGGUGGCCAACGUCUUCCUGGAGUCCCUCUUCUAUGAUGUGAAGUUACAGUAUGCCGUGCCGAUCAUCAACCAGAAAGGAGAGGUGGCCGGCCGGCUGCACGUGGAAGUGAUGCGCCUCAGUGGUGACGUUGGGGAGAGGAUUGCCGGGGGGGACGAGCCCAUGGAUGCUUCCUUGGAUAAGGAGACCCAGGAGAACAGGCUCGUAUGCAUGGUGAAAAUACUUCAAGCCACUGGGUUGCCGCAGCAUCUGUCCCACUUCGUGUUCUGCAAAUACGACUUCUGGGAUCAACAGGAGCCAGUCAUCGUUGCUCCUGAGGUGGACACCUCGUCUUCUCCCAUCAGCAAGGAGCCUCAGUGCAUGGUUGUCUUUGAUCACUGCAAUGAGUUUUCUGUUAGCGUCACUGAAGACUUUAUUGAGCAUCUUUCAGAAGGGGCAUUGGCAAUCGAAGUCUACGGCCAUAAAAUGAAUGAUCCUCGGAAAAACCCAGCCCUGUGGGAUUUGGGGAUUAUCCAAGCCAAAACACGCAGUCUUCGGGACAGGUGGAGCGAAGUCACCAGGAAAGUGGAGUUUUGGGUUCAAAUCUUGGAGCAGAAUGAGAGUGGUGAGCACUGCCCCGUAGAGGUGGUUCCUGCAAAGGACGUGCCGACAGGCGGGAUCUUCCAACUCCGGCAGGGGCAGUCCCGGCGAGUCCAGGUGGAAGUGAAGUCUGUGCAGGAAUCGGGGACUCUGCCGCUGAUGGAGGAGCGUAUCCUGUCGGUCGGCAUCGGGUGUGUGAAAGUCAGGGCGCCACGGUCACCGAAGACCCACGAGACCGUCCAUGAGGAAGAGGAGGACAUGGACAGCUACCAGGAUCGGGAUUUAGAGAGACUCCGUAGAAAAUGGCUAAAUGCAUUAACAAAACGUCAGGAGUAUUUAGAUCAACAACUGCAAAAGCUUGUCAGUAAACCUGAUAAAACAGAGGAUGAUGCCGACCGUGAAGCUCAGCUCCUAGAGAUGAGGCUGACUCUGACAGAGGAGAGGAACGCAGUCAUGGUCCCCUCGGCCGGCAGCGGGAUUCCAGGGGCCCCAGCAGAAUGGACCCCAGUUCCUGGGAUGGAAACACACAUUCCUGUCAUAUUCCUUGACUUAAAUGCUGAUGAUUUCAGCUCUCAGGAUAAUCUCGAUGACCCCGAAGCCAGUGGAUGGGAUGCUACCCUCGCUGGGGAAGAGGAGGACGAGUUCUUUGAGCUGCAGAUCGUGAAACAGCAUGACGGAGAGGUGAAAGCGGAAGCCUCCUGGGACUCGGCUGUGCAUGGCUGCCCUCAGCUGAGUAAAGGCACCCCCAUGGACGAGCGGGUGUUUCUCAUCGUGCGGGUGACUGUCCAGCUCAGCCAUCCAGCCGACAUGCAGUUGGUAUUGCGCAAGCGCAUUUGUGUUAAUGUUCACGGCCGGCAGGGUUUUGCUCAGAGUCUUCUCAAAAAGAUGUCACAUCGAAGUUCUAUUCCAGGCUGUGGAGUGACUUUUGAAAUUGUCUCCAAUAUUCCAGAGGAUGCUCAGGGAGUCGAGGAACGAGAGGCGUUAGCAAGGAUGGCAGCUGAUGUGGAAAACACGGCGUCUGCCGACUCGGAAGCGUACAUCGAGAAGUACCUCAGGAGUGUGCUGGCGGUGGAGAAUCUCCUCACGUUAGACCGCCUCCGCCAGGAAGUUGCCGUGAAGGAACAGUUGACGGGAAAAGGGAAGCUGAGCAGGAGGAGUAUCAGCUCUCCUAAUGUGAACAGAUUGUCUGGCAGCCGCCAGGAUCUUAUCCCGUCCUCCAGUCUAGGUAGCAAUAAGGGCCGGUGGGAAAGUCAACAGGACGUAUCGCAAACUGCAGUUUCCAAAGGAAUCGCUCCAGCUGCCCCAGCACUCCGUGGUUCUCCCCAGAGUAACCAUUCUCCUGAUCCAGGACUCAGUAGCCUCGCGGCCUCCUACUUGAACCCGGUGAAAUCUUUGGUGCCGCAGAUGCCGAAGCUGCUGAAGUCUCUUUUCCCGGUCCGUGACGAGAAAAGGGGCAAACAGCUGUCUCCCCUCGCGCAUCAGCCCGUGCCCCGAAUCAUGGUGCAGCCGGCCCUUCCGGACGCCGGGUCACCCAGGAUGGCCGAGGUUCAGCGGGAGAACGGGGGCCUGCGCGUGGCCCCCAGCGUGCCUGUGGCCCCGCCGGCCACCCCUGCGCCCAGGACCUGUGAUGGGUCCCCAAGAGUGACACCCACCUCCCCAGCCCCCGAGGGUGGCGAUGGGCCCCCCAGCCCCCUGAGCGAAGCGUCCAGCGGCUAUUUCUCGCACAGCGUCUCCACCGCCACACUGUCGGAUGCCUGUGGCCCGGGUCUGGAUGCCAUGGCCUCGACCCCUCCGGGCCCCGGCCUGGCCACCCUCGAGCCCCCAGCCACCUCGGUGGAGGGAAAGGCACCGGGCAAUGGUGCAGCCCUGGCCCCAGUUGGGGUGUCUGCAGAGAAGCAGAACCAGGCAGCGGGCCCCCCACCACCCAACCAGGCAAGCAGGAGCUACCCUGCCGCCCCCCAGAAGCCAGAGAACACUCAGCCCCAGGUGAAACCAGGUGCCGGCCCAGAGUCCGACGUCUCCAGGCCACCGCCUUCAGACCCCCGGUUCCAGUUGCCCGCUCCCACCUCUCCAUUCAGGAUCCAGAAGGUGCGGACCUCGGAGCUGAAGUCGUUCACGCGCAUGCUUGGCGGGGACCCCGGCAGCCCCUCGGGGACCACGGAGGACCCACUGGCCUCAGGGGACCUGGGGGACGGCAGCGCUGGGGCUCAGGCCCUGGGAAAGCUGGAAGUCUCCUCGGAUUCUGAAGAAGCCAGUGAGGUCCCAGAGUGGCUCAAGGAGGGGGAGUAUGUGACGGUGGGCACCAACAAGACGGGCAUCGUGAGAUACGUGGGACCCACCGACUUUCAGGAGGGCACCUGGGUUGGAGUGGAGCUGGACUUACCUUCAGGUAAGAAUGACGGCUCCAUCGGCGGGAGGCAGUACUUCAAGUGCAACCCAGGCUACGGCUUGCUGGUGAGGCCGGACCGCGUGCGCAGGGCAGCAGGCACGGGGCGGAGGCGCAGCGCGGGGCUCCGUCUGCAGGGCGCCCCCGAGCCCCGCAGGAGUGGCCUGCUCUCUGGCUCCGCCAGCAACCUGGCCUCGCUGACGGCGGCGCUGGCCAAGACCGAGGGCACGGCACUGAGGGCCGAGCGUGGCCACAGGAACCCCGAGAACCGCAAGUCCUGGGCCAGCUGAGCGGCGGGGCAGUUGCCUCCCGUCCUUCCGGGGUGAUGGACAGAGGGCUCCAGGCCCCUCCGAGCCUUUGCGGGGACAGUCUUUGGGGGGCCCUCUAGCCCCUCUCCCUGGAGACAGGCCAGGAAUGCUUUUUGCACGGUGAUGUGGGGCUGGUGACCCCCCGCCCCUCACUCCCCUCGUUUCGCCCACCCCCCAGGGGGUGAGGGCGCGUCUCAGCUGGACCUCAGGUGGAAGGUUCCAGGAGCCCGGAGUGAGGGCCCUGCUGUCCCUGGGCCUGGGGCUGCCCACUCAUGGCCGCUGUUGCUCUUUGUUCUAUCUGGUGACCCCGUUAACCUCUUAAUUUAAAACAUAAUUGUUAACUAGUGCCUUGUCACUUCCAUGGAGGCGGCCCCCAGCGCCUCAAGUCCUGGCUUGCACCCCAGUUACCCCCAACACCCCCCAAGUGCCAGCUCCUCUAAGUGCCUGGGCCCCGGGCCUGCCCCCUCUUUCCCGCUUUCUUUCCACAGGGUUUCUUAGAGGUUCCUCUGUGGGUGUUUCAGCGCCUUUAUACCUGGAAAGUUUUCUCUCUGCCAUUUAUUCCCUUAACAGAGUUCCUGGAUUAUAUUUAUUUAUAUUUAUUUUUUUCAAAAUCUAAAAUUGUUCGCGAGCCACAAUCGUCCACUCAGCACCGGUACCCAGGACCCACCUUGCACAUCGCCGGCCUCCAUGACCACUGCGGAACAGCCAGCCUGCUGCCUCAGACGGGGCUCCUCGAGGGGUCAGAGGACACUCAGUUCCUCCCUGUGUCUUAAACACAGAUGCACAAGUGGCCUUACUCUCAUCUGACAGCAAAAACGGGAGGAGGUGGUGGUUGUGCUUCUGUGUUCAGAGGCAUCACAGCCUUCCUUGGUGCAGUUUGGGGUCUGGGAGGGUCCUUAGACCAGUUGAGCUUCAUGGCAGUUCUGUGCUCUGAUGCCCACUCAGCCCAGGGCUGCAGCCUGGCAGGGUUCACCCCUGGGGGCCUCUAGGAGCCAUGGGCCAGACAGCCCUGACCCUGAGCCCUUUUUCCAUCAGUGCUUCUCGAAUUACUAAGGUGGUGGUCCAGUGACCUGGUGACGAACAUUCGGCUGCCUUCCCUGCCUGUCAUCGUGGGAGCCACUGGGCCUGUGCUGUGAGCAAGAUUUGGGGACACCCUGCAGUUGGGGGUGGAAGCUCGGAGCUGGAGUUUGCACACAGCGUUCUAGCCUGCCUCUUCAGUUCUCAUGUUUAGACUCUUAAAAAUGAUAGCCAGAAAGCUUGAAAAAAAAAAGAACAACAAAACUCGGUUCUCUAGCAACAUGAAGCCCCUCACUUGAAGGCGGCCCUGGUUCUCUGCCCCUGGGAGGGGCCACAGGAAGGAGCGCGGAUGAAGUGGCCUCCUCGACCCGGUGUGCUGAUGCCAAGGCACCCUCCUGUCACCUCCGGGACUGCGGGACAGGAUGGAGCCACAUGCAGGCUCUGCCGGCCAUGGGCUCGCCUGCCCAGAACAAGAUCUCAUCACCCCAAGCCUCCCUGGCCCGAUUUAGAAGGGGGGACAGCCCCGGGAGUCUAAGCUUGCACCCCUUCGUCUCAACAAAUACUCCCAGCUUGGGAGCUGGAGGGGUCCCCACAGUGAACAGGCUGAAACCAAGGAGAGUUACUGGUUUUUCCAGUGUGUGGAAGGCCCGGCCUCUGAUUCCCCAUCCGGGCUCUGUGUCCCUGAGAAGUGGCUUCCAGCACACCUGGACCUCUGCCCGUCCAGGGCACAGCUGCCCGGCACAGAGUCUGCAGGUUUUAAUGACCUGGCCCAGUAUGCCCUCGCUCCAUCUGCUGCCCCAGCAGACAGCCGACCGGGGGUUCCGGGGAGGGGUGGGGGGCUCCCCAUGACAUCUGCCCUAACGGGCAGAAGGUAUCUUUCUCAUUCUCCCGGUGCAGCUCCCAAGCUGGUCGUUUGCCCUCCACCACAAGAAGCCUGUCUCCUUCCUUCAGGGCCAGGACUGCCGGAGCCCCAGGUUUGCAGGGGGCUGGGGGUCCCGUCUGUGGGGCCACCCCCAGCACUCCCCUCCUGUCCUCCACGGGUCUGCUGGGGGAGCCCCUGCCAGGCAGGGUGUGUGCCUGAACUAAGUCCUCUCACCUCUGUGUCAGCUUUUCUACGCAGCCUCCUUCCCAGCAUAGAUGUUCUCCUCCAGACCUGUUUCCAGGGUGAGACCCUGCUCCCUGGACACCCUCCUGUCCCUGGGCUCGGGGGCGGGGGGGCAGUGGCCCUUGCUCCCAGAGCCCCCGUGACCUGCCUGAGGGCAUAAAAUCGUGCACCCCACACUUGGAGAAACAGUGUGGGGAACCAGAAAGUGGUUGGGGUGUUUGUGAUCCUCAUGGACGGAGCCCAGUACUUGCUGGGGCCCGUUUGCCCCGUGACGGGCAUCUCAACCUCGCAGAACCGGCCUGGGGUGGUCAGCUGGGGCACGAGGGGCCACGCUUAUUUUGUUGCUGGUUGAGCUAAAGUGGAUGAGACAACAGUAGGGUCGCUGCCCUGGGCGGGUUUUUGGCUGGAGCUUGUGGAGGCUGAGAGGAGCCUUGGGUGAUACGGGCGGCUCCUUCCAACCUUGAGGGAGGCCAGGAGCCUUAGGUGAUGUGGGUCAGCUCCUUCCAACCCUGUUGUCCCGGGAGGCCUCGGGACCCCCUUCUCCUCCCGGCCUCGCCCCCCUUUCUCCUGGGGCCUGCCUUUCAAACGUCCCUAGUUCCCUCUGCCUGAGCGUCUCCCAUAGGCCCUGCCCCGCGCUCACCGGGGCCUGGCGUCCCUACGCAGUGAGGCGGCAUCUCCUUAGAGCCCUUGGUCUUGAGCUGUUGAGACUGGGGGGCAGCGGCCAGGCCCCUGUGUGCAGAGGUGGUCCUUCCUCCCGGGAGGGAAACUCUGUCGCUGCUCUUGAGUCUGUAGCCCAUGGCUCGCCUGGGAUUUUCUUAGAAUGAAGCGAGUUUGGGCCCAAGCUUGUGGUGUUAGGAAGGCCAGGCCACGUCACUGGUCGUCCUGAUGAACUCUUCCCGGGGCCAGGAGGUCAACACGCAGGCCGCCCCAGGCACCCUCACCCGGCAGCGCUACUGGCAGGGCAGGGGCUGGCCUGGCUCUCCUGACCCCGCUCUGGCCCCUGGGUGGCCUGGGACCCUGAGGGCAGUGAGGGAGCUCUGGGAGAACACAGCGGGGUGUAGAGGCCUUGCUGGGUCCUCACAGGGUGUGGGGAGGCAUCCAUCGUCCCCCCCUUCUUCCACACCACGCCCCACUUUGCUUCACGACCUCACAUCGCCUUGGGUCAGUGUGUGGAUGGAUGGAGCAGAGUCCUGGGACACCCUAGCCUCUCGCGCGCUGUUGCCCGCCUCCUGGGGGCUUGGGGACUGGCCUCUCCCAGGCGGGGCAGGCAGCUCGCCCUGCCCAGGCCGUCACGCCUGUUCCCGCUCCUUGCUGCACGCUGAUGUUGGCUCGGGAGUUGAAGAGCUGCGGUCCCGAGAGCGAGGAGCCAGGCAGUUCUCCACCUGAAGGUGUGGGGGUGUGGCUGGGGAGUGGGCGGGAGUGAGGGGCUCCCCCUUCCCUCUGUCUUCUGUCCUUGACUUGCUGACAGACAAACCUCAUUUUAGACGUCAGCCAAUCAGGCUCCAGGACUUAGUAAGACAGCAGGAGUGGUGGGGGGCCGUGUGGCCCGGGGGCUGCAGGUUGCCGGAGGACAGGUCAGUCUCUGCUCAGAGGUGGUCGCCCAGCCCAGACCGCAGGGCACUGUGCGGGGAGGCAGUGGGGGUGGCUGGCCGAGAUGCCCAGA